UGCCGCGGUGAGACGUGGAACAGUCAGACCGUCUCUGAGGUCGGUGACAUCCAGUCACUGACCCACCAGGACACACUCAGCACCACAAUGUAACACAGCGGCACACCGAGCCGCCACGUGUUUGUCUAUAACGCGUCGACGUCGUCAUGGAGGGUGGAUUGAUUAUCACUUUGAUAUCGGUGGCGAUGUUUGUCGGUUGUUUUCUACUUGGAUUCAUCCCGCUGCUGUUCAGACUGUCUGAGAAAAGCCUGCAGCUGGUCACUGUCCUGGGGGCUGGACUCCUGUGUGGCACCGCACUGGCCAUCACCAUCCCAGAGGGAGUGGGCUUACUGGAGGAGUCAUGGAGUGCACCCUCCUCUGAUGUGCCGUCCUCUCUGAAUGGCAGCAACAAAAACACAACCUCCACAGAGAGAGGCCGUCCGCCUCGCUUCUUCAUCGGAGUGGCUUUAACUCUGGGAUUCACCUUCAUGUUCGCAGUGGAUCAGAUUGCAAGUUACAUCUCCACGCGGGACCGAACAACUCAGUUGCACAAAAGCAUCGGUGUCACAACCACGUUGGGGCUGGUAAUUCACGCUGCAGCUGAUGGAUUUGCUCUCGGAGCUGCUGUGGCCACGGGUCAAGUGACAGUGCAAGUCAUAAUAUUUUUCGCAGUGAUUCUACACAAGGCGCCCACAGCUUUUGGUCUGGUCUCGUUUCUGAUGCACUCAGGCCUUGAGAAGAAAUACAUCCAGGGACAUUUGCUGGCCUUUUCAGCUGCGUCGCCAAUAGUUGCCAUCACCUCUUACUUCAUAUUACAUGCAUCUGGCAGCUCGCCUCAGAGCCAGCUCAGCUCCACAGGCGUGGGAAUGCUCUUCUCAGCUGGGACUUUCCUUUACGUGGCCACGGUGCACGUUCUCCCGGAGAUCAGCAGCAGCAGAGCAGACCCGGGCCAACCCUCCUCCGACCCCCAGCAGCACAACACCGGAGCCGAGACUCACCAGCGGCGCUACAUGGGGCUCAUGGAGAGCCUCACGCUCAUUUUCGGGGUCGGGCUCCCCAUGGUGCUGGCUCUCGGGCUGCAUGAUGACUGAGAAGAAGAAAAGAAAGGGCACAGUGCCACCGCACCUGAGGGGAAAAACUGUGAGCACCUGUUUAGCAUAGUGUGUAAACUUGAGAGGCGGUACAGCAUGACUUGAACCGGAGUUUACUUUGGUGUGUCUCAGUGAAACUGCCCUGUGACUCCCGCUAUUGUUGGUUUAAGAAAAGACCUUUGCAGGCAGUAUAAAGACUCUGAUAGCAAAUAUAUCAUCCUUUGUUGACCGAGUUUUCAUUCCAAGAAAACAGAAUAGGCUACAGUUGUUGCCAAAGCUAAGGACAAGGCCUGUUCAGUGGUGAAAUCCCAGUAAGUUGAUAGAUUUACAGGAACGACCAGGUCAUAUGAUACCGUCUGUUACACCAAAGAUAAGAGAUCUGGGCCAGACUAUUUUUUUUAUUUCUUCCUUGUUUGUGUUGUUUAGUCUGGAGCACAGUCUUUCAGUUUAUUAAUGUGCAAUUAUAGUCUACACAUGACCAUGAGAAAGGGCGUGAACAUUUUGUGUGAUUAAAUAGGAGAUAUAGUUUUUGACUUAAGAGUUCUAACUGACAAAGCCUCUUGUGUGUGUCGGAACAUGUGUAAUAAUACGUAAGACGCCUGUGGGUCUGUUACAUGAUAAAUGAGUCAAUGGUUCAAAUCACACGUUACUUCUAGUUUUUUUAGUGCAGAAGUUUAUUUGAAAUAAAAAUAUGUCUGCUUGUGUUAUAA